AUGAGGUCUGGGAUAGUCAGAUGGCGAUGCACUAUGGGAGGCUGUGGUUGUAAAGCGUACACGCAGAAAGGAAAGCUACAUAAGCUCGUCGGUGAACACAACCACGCCGGUCGUUGUGGGCGACGGAAUAACAAGCAACAUGGACCGCCUACGUCAUCCCCACCCACGCCGCUUCUACUGCCGAGAAUGCCCCAUCUCGAUUUCGAUAAUUUCGAUCCAAACGCUUGGAUAACUAGAUAU